GAAGACCUGCCACGCACACUUGCGCGAUCGCAGCUUGCUCAGGCGCUCUCGAGAAAAAAUGCUGUCCGUCAGCAGCGGUUGUGCGCUUCUGGCGCGCAACAGCCCCAGGAGUGUGCUGGCUGCCUCCUCUUCCACUUUGGGAUCCAUCGGGGCCGCAAGCCUUCAGAUCCAGCAGCGGCGGUUCGGCCACGACCUUACGAUCAAGCGCAAGACUGGCAAGCCGGUCAUCGAAGCUGGUCCAUACGGUGGAGGAAGGAACUCUGUCUCGGGGCAUGUUGCGACAGUCUUUGGCUGCACUGGCUUCUUGGGCAGAUACCUCGUGAGCCGACUGGCUCAGAAAGGUACGCAGGUCAUCGUACCAUUCAGGGAUGAGGAUGAGAAGAGACACCUCAAAAUCAUGGGUGAUCUUGGACAAGUGGUUCCGAUGGAAUGGGACAUCAGGGACGAAGGCAUGAUCGAGGAGUGCCUCCGGCACUCGGACACCGUGUACAACCUUACAGGGCGCGCUUACGAGACGAAGAACUUUUCUUUUGCCGACGUCAACAGAGAUGGGGCUCGGCGCAUCGCAGAGGUCGCAGAAGCUUCUGGCGUCUCACGAUUCAUCCACGUCAGUCACUUGAAUGCUGAUGCCAACUCAGAAAGCGUCUUCCUGCGUACCAAGGCUGAAGGCGAGGAGGCCGUGAGGGCUGCUUUCCCUGGCGCCACUAUUGUUAGGCCGGGCCCGCUAUAUGGACACGAAGACAGACUUCUCAACAGUAUUGCUUCGUGGCCGAUCACAUGGCACAUCAACUACGGUCAGACCCGUUUGCGCCCGACCCACUCCCUCAACGUCGCCCAAGCCCUCGAACUUAUGAUGGAUGCCGACAACACGGCCAUUGGCCAGACGUUCUCGCUCGCUAAUCACCGGACUUACACCAUCAGCGAGCUGAUGCACUUGGUCGAGUCGCUCACGAUGAACAAGAUCGUGCGCCAAUCAGUCAACAUCCCCAAACUUGCUAUAACGGCGGCCGCAAAAGUAGGAGACCUUGCCUGGUGGCAGAUGCUCAGCCCUGACGAGCUGCAGAGGCGCUACAUGGACGACAAGCCAGAUGCGCCUGGAACCAAGAGCUGGGCAGACCUCGGCAUCGAACCGGAUGUGCUCGAGGAGAUUGCGAUCGUCUACCUCAGACGAUACAGGUCACACCUCUACUUUGAGCAGCCGGUCGAGAACAGCGGGUUGCGCUUGAAGAAGGAGCCAUACCGAGUUGUGGACUAGAUCCUCAGUGUAAAUCGAAGUUUCAGCACAAUGUGAUCUAAUGAUCAUUG